CGCUACCCGGAAAGGCCCGACCGGGACCACGUGUUGGCAGCGUCAUGGCGUCGGCGCCCAAGCGGUUCAAGGCGGCGGUCGAGAGCGGUGCGCAGGAGAAGAGUAGUGCCGACCCCCUGUCCGCGUUCCUGGCAUGGUGCGGGCGGGCCGGGGUGGAGCUGAACCCCAAGGUGCGCCUGAGCAGGGAGGGCGCGGUGGCGGGGUACGGGAUGCUGGCCGCCGAGGAGCUGGAGGCGGGAGAGGUGCUGUUCACCAUCCCUCGCACGGCGCUGCUGUCCCAGCACACCACCUCCAUCCACGCACUCCUGCAGGAAGCCCAGGAGUCCCUGCAGAGCCAGUCUGGUUGGGUCCCUCUCCUGCUGGCCUUGCUCCAUGAGUACACAGCCAGCAGCUCCCACUGGCGGCCGUAUUUCUCCCUCUGGCAGGACUUCCGGAGCCUGGACCACCCCAUGUUCUGGCCUCAAGAAGAGCGAACAAGGCUCCUGCAGGGCACAGGCAUCCCAGAAGCUGUGGACAAGGAUCUAGCUAACAUCCAGCUAGAGUACAACUCCAUCAUCUUGCCUUUCAUGGAGACCCACCCUGACAUCUUUGACCCCAAACUGCACACUCUGGAGUUGUAUAAGGAGCUGGUGGCAUUUGUCAUGGCUUACAGCUUUCAGGAACCUUUGGAAGAGGAGGAAGAAGAUGAGAAGGGGCCCAAUCCUCCCAUGAUGGUGCCUGUAGCAGAUAUUUUGAAUCAUGUGGCCAACCACAAUGCCAACCUGGAAUACUCUCCUCACUGUCUGAGGAUGGUUACAACACAGGCUGUAAGGAAAGGACAGGAGAUCUUCAACACCUAUGGGCAGAUGGCCAACUGGCAGCUGCUGCACAUGUACGGCUUCGCAGAGCCCUACCCGGGUAACAGCCACGACACCGCCGACAUCCAGAUGGUGACACUGCGCAGGGCAGCGCUGCAGCGAGCCAAAAGUGAAGCGCAGCAGCAGCUGGUCUCAGAGCAGUGGGACUUCUUGUGCCAGCUGGAGAUGGUGGGGGAGGAAGGUGCCUUUGUGCUUGGCUGGGAUGAGGUGCUGACAGAGGAAGAGCUGUCCAUGACCCUCAAGGUGCUCUGCAUGUCAGAAGAGGAAUUCAAGGAGUACAAGGAACAAGACGGCUGGGAAGAUGACAGUGACGAAGAGGAAAACUCUACCCUUUCAAAUGAGGCCCUCUCCAGACUUAAAACCCCUUGCAAGAAGCUCCUUUAUGACAGUGUGCUGCUGACCCUGGAGUCCUAUGGGGCAGACCUGAAAGCAGAGCAGGACUUGCUAAAUAACAAGGAGGCUUAUGAGAAACUGAGUCGAAGGGAGCAGCAGGCGCUGCACGUGCGCUAUGGACAGAAGAGGAUCUUGCACCAGCUGCUAGAGCUGGUACAGUAGAAACCCCAGUGCCCCUGGCCAGGCCCUGGCUGGGCUGAUCCCGAGGGAAAGGUCAGCCUCUAGCCAUCUCCUCUCUAGCAGAGAGCACAGAUGGCAAGACUUGACUGCAGGUCCACUUGUCCCUCAUACAGCACAUGGAUUUUUAGCUACCUCUACAUAAAGAAGUAUCUUCACAGCACA